AUGCUUGUUUAUGGUGUCAUCAUCGCAAAGUCCGGUGCGAUGCGUCUAUUCUUGGCGCACCAUGCACUCGGUGUCGACAAUACGGUCGGAAGAAUUGCAUCCUUCGGCCUUAGCACCCCAAACAUGACAAUUUUCCAAGCCCACCGUCGUGAUCCUCUUGUGUUUCAUAUUGUGAAUAUGGAGUUCUGGAUUGAAUUCAGUUGCUGUCUCUCCCCGCAGAAGACGUGGCGUUUCUGA